UUUUUUAAUCCAUUACUCUUGUAUAAGAACUCUACUUUGUACAAAAGACAUGCAAUCUCCUAUUCGGUUUUCAAGUGUGAGUUUGGAGUCCCACAUUGACCGACAAUAACACACAGCGCAUAGAUGGCGAACGAGCAAAUGAAGCCUAUUGCCACCCUUCUGUUGGGGCUGAACUUCUGCAUGUAUGUCAUAGUUUUGGGCAUUGGUGGAUGGGCUAUGAACAGAGCAAUAGAUCAAGGUUUUAUUAUAGGUCCAGAAUUACAACUUCCAGCUCAUUUUUCACCCAUAUUCUUCCCAAUGGGAAAUGCUUCCACUGGAUUCUUUGUGACAUUUGCUUUGAUUGCUGGAGUAGUUGGUGCUGCAUCAGCAAUCUCAGGAAUCAAUCAUAUCCGUUCAUGGACUGCAGAGAGCUUGCCAUCUGCAGCUUCAGUUGCUACCAUGGCUUGGACUCUUACACUACUGGCCAUGGGUUUCGCCUGGAAAGAGGUUGAGCUUCGAAUCAGAAAUGCCCGCCUGAAAACAAUGGAGGCUUUCCUGAUUAUCCUUUCAGCUACUCAGCUUUUCUACAUAGCUGCCAUUCAUGGUGCUGCUGCUUAUAGGAGAUAAAACUUGAAUGUUCAGGGAAUGUUUUGUUUGGCUGUUGGCAUGAGGGAAUGUGCGUGUACUUUUUUUUUUCUCUUCCCAAUCAAGACUUCCCCAACUUACAAACGUGGAUGGAGAAUUAGCAGAUUGUGGUGUUGGUGUGGUUUGAAUGACUGAAUUUGUAUGAAUAAGUCAUGUCCGAAGCAAUAAAGGAGAACAUUAUGUGCA